GUAUACUUAUCUCUUGAAAUUUCAUUUACUUUUUUCUGUUUUUAAUAAAUGCGUUUUUUUAGUAUCUUGAAUUUGUAAAAUAAGUUAUACAUUUAUUUUUCACUCAUGAACGGUUCGGUGAACGUGCCUAUUAACUGGUGGGGUACGGUACCUCAUAAAAGGUUAAGAACCACUGGUCUAGAAAGAAUCGUGAGGGGAAUCAGGGGUGAGAGAGGCAAAGAGAGAGAGUGAAUGAGGGAGGGGGCGAGAGAGAGAAAGACAGUGAGAGAGAGAGAGAGACGCGCGGUGAGAUAAUUUCACUCGCAGUCUUGGUGGCACACCAUUCACGCACCGUGUACAAAAGAAAACUCUCCUUGCCUUAAAAAAAACAAACCAAUCAUUUUUUUUUUGUUUUGUUUUUUGUGAUGGAGUUACCCACUUCCCCUCCGGGGGACAUAUACAUGUCGUUAUCUCCCUUCAACGCCACCCUAGCCGACACGGUACUACUCGGACUCCCGAGAGGCGUCGGGACCAACUGGACCAACGGGACCAAUGGGAACAACGCUACAAGCGUGUCCGUGGGUCGCGACACGGCAAGGGUCGUCAUCGCCGUGUGCAUCACUGCCCUCUACUCGCUCAUCUGCGUGGUGGGACUGCUGGGCAACAUCCUCGUCAUGUACGGCGUAGUCAGGUACACCAAGAUGAAGACGGCCACCAACAUCUACAUUUUCAAUUUGGCCCUGGCGGACGCCCUCGCCACCAGCACUCUGCCCUUCCAGAGCGCCAAUUACCUCAUGAGCACGUGGCCUUUUGGACAGCUGCUGUGCAAAUUGGUCAUCGCCAUCGACUACUACAACAUGUUCACCAGCAUCUUCACGCUCACCAUGAUGAGCGUGGACCGUUACGUGGCCGUCUGUCAUCCUGUGAAGGCCCUGGACUUUCGCACGCCAUCCAAAGCCAAGAUCAUCAAUAUCUGCAUCUGGAUUCUCUCAUCCGUUAUUGCAGUACCUGUAAUGAUCAUGGCCGUUACCAGGGUGACAGACAAAGGCAGCGUCGAUUGCAGAAUCAUAUUUCCCGAACCAGAAUGGUACUGGGACACGGUGACAAAAAUCUGCGUCUUCAUCUUCGCAUUCCUGGUGCCUGUGCUUGUCAUCACCAUCUGCUACGGUCUGAUGAUCCUACGGCUAAAGAGUGUCCGUCUCCUCUCCGGAUCCAAAGAGAAGGACAGAAACCUGAGGCGAAUCACCCGCAUGGUCCUGGUGGUGGUGGCGGCCUUCAUCAUUUGCUGGACUCCCAUACACAUCUUCAUCAUUGUCAAGACCAUGGUGAAAAUCGACCACAAGAACCUACUGGUGAUGGCGAGCUGGCAUCUGUGCAUCGCCCUGGGCUAUACCAACAGCAGCCUCAACCCAGUCCUUUACGCCUUCCUGGAUGAGAACUUCAAGAGGUGCUUCCGAGAUUUCUGCUUGCCCUAUCGCCCACGUACGGAGCAGCACAGCUUCUCCCAAGGCCGCAACAGCACCAGGGAGCCCGUGUCCAUUUGCGCCCCCGCCACCCGAGGCAGACAGCCCGCGUGACUAGGCAUGGACCGUAGAGGGAUCCAGGAUGAGCUCCAGACCGAAGUCACACAGGUCGCUACCACAGGAGUGUGAAUGUUGGCAUUUUUUUUUCCCACCGCUGGCAGUUUUAUCUCAAACUCAUGCCCAAGGCUUUGCGCGACGGUUCCCUCAUGAAGAGACUCAAUGCUUUUCUUUCAGGAUGCUGAAAAAAAUGCCAAGGUGUGCCUGUCGAUUCCAAACUGGUGGAUACAAAUGUACAUACAGACAAGUGACAAAUUAAAAUGGGUGGGUGGGGGUUCAGGGGAGGGGGGGUCCACUUUCAUCAGAAAUCUAAAACUCAUUCAGUACCAACCAAUUACAAACCAAGUCUGAAAAGACGUUUAAAAACGUCUUUGGGAGUGAAUGAGUUAAAAAGGCCAAAAACCUGAACACAGAAAUAAAAAAAUAAAUAUCAACCAAAAAAAAAGAUGAUACAAUUUAAUUCUCGUCCAAAUCUAUCUUCAUGAGAGGAAACCAAGUGUGUCUUCUCAGUCAGUAAAAGCUAAAAACAACACACACGCACACGAAAUGAUACAUCGCCUCAAUGGCAUCACUGGCAGCAGUAAAAUGCUUACUUUUUGCUUCACAGAUGGGAACUAAGUGAGUGCUGAAGUGAUACACAAUGCUUACAACUUUAUCUCAUCGCUCAAGUAAAUUUACUUUCAUUAAAAAAACAGAAGUUUCGACACAGAUAGUCGAGGCAUUGGACCUGAAGAGCUCUGACAUGUUGAUUCUUUUUGGUAAGUCCAAUGAAAAUAGAUCAGACUACAGACAAAUAGUGCAGGUGAUUAUAAAAGUAAGCAUCUGAAAAAGAAAAAAAAAGCUUUUUGUCUGGAUUGUUACUGGUUGCUAGGCAAUAUCUGUUGGGUGAAACAAUAUUUAUGUCAUCCAUUCAUUGAUUUUUUUACAGCGCUUGUCCUCAUUAAGCUUGUGGGUGAGCUGUUCAAUUGCAGUGAUUUGCGCCAUUUUGACCAAUUUAAAAAAAAAACAA